AAAUAUGGGAUCACAAGAAUAGUCAACACCAUUGAUUUCGUAAUUGCUGACCAAUGAAGGUUCUCCUUCGCUAGCUUUAGUCGAUACCAAACGAUCUUGCUGAACAAAACCCAUCGCCUUUCCCCACUUGCAGAGGCCCAGUUUUGGGUAAGAAAAACAUCGAGCGAGAGGCAAAUGGACAAGAAACUGAACCUAGCAUCACUUGCCCUCCUCAUCCUCGUCCUCUUCUGCUUCGAGCAGAACGAAGCAUCGCUUGAAAGCAAGCACUUCGUGCUGGUUCAUGGGUCAGGCCACGGUGCAUGGUGUUGGUACAAGAUCGCGAAAUUACUAAGAUCAUCCGGUCACGGAGUCACUGCACUUGACCUGGCAGCUUCCGGGAUCGACCCGCUUCAGGCCAAAUCUCUGCAAUCGAUCUCUGAGUACUUUAAGCCCCUGAGAGAUGUCAUGGAAGGUCUAGCUUCACAUGAGAGAGUGAUCCUUGUCGGUCACAGCUUGGGAGGGUUCGCUCUUUCUCAGGUGAUGGAGAAAUUCCCCGAGAAGAUUGCCCUCGCUGUUUUUGUCACUGCCUUGAUGCCUGGUCCUGAACUCAAUGUUUCUACUCUCAAUCAAGAGUCUCUCAGAAGAUCUCCACCUGUUCUAGACAGCCACUACACCUAUGACAAUGGGACGAACAACCCUCCGACCACCUUCAGUUUCGGCCCAAUUUUCUUGGCAUCGACGGUGUAUCAGCUCAGCCCAAUUGAGGAUUUGACGUUGGCGAACAUGUUGCUCAGGCCACUGCGUUUGUUCAGCGACGAGGACAUGUCGAGGCAAAUAAAAUUGUCCCAGAAGAAUUAUGGUUCUGUGCGCAGGAUCUUUGUGCUUUCCGAGGAAGACAAACUCUUUCCGAAGGGUCUUGCGGAGUGGAUGAUCAAGCGCAAUCCGCCAGAUGAAGUGUUGAAGAUGAGUGGAUCGGAUCACAUGGUCAUGAUGUCCAAGCCCACCGAAUUAGGUGCAAUUCUGCAGAAAGCUGCCAGCAAGUAUUGCUGAGAUGAGAAGUGGAGACAGAGAGAGGGACUUUCAAUGGUCGCUCGCAACAGUCAAAAGUUGUGUUCCAUGAUUAGAGUCAAUUCAACUUCGUUUUGGGAGCUAAGCUUGUUAAUAAAACGGGGCAAAGCAAAUAGUUUGACCCAGUAUUUGUAAAUUA